AUGCUUAAUACUUAUCAUACACCAAAAUAGACUUACAAAUAAUAACCAUCAAAAAUCUGUUAGCCUAUUCAUUAAAAAAGCUUAACCUGUAAGUCUCUUUCCCCUUAAGAACUAUAAAUUCCCCAUCAUUAUAACCAUAUCAAGGAUGAUCAAGAUCCUUCAACUCCACAAAAGAUUAAACUAGCUUAGGGUGUUAAAUUGUUAAAAAUUCCAUCCUAGCUGAAUGAUAAUAGUUUUAGAGGAAGCAGCUCUAAAAAUAUCUUGACUUCCGAUAGUCCCCUUAUCACUCAUAAUAAGGAGAAUAACUCAAUAGGUAGAAGAAUCUGCACUGAAUCAGGUGCACAAGAUAACUCAACUUCUGUAGUUAUUCAAGAAAAUAAAAAGUUGAAUGAACUGAUUUAAAGGUUAUUUAGGGAGAAAUAAGAAUUAGUUGCAGUUAUAGAAAAAUAAAAAAAUUAACCAUAAUUUUAACUUGGUCAGACUGACUAAUUUAAUCUUCGAAGCUUAAAAGCAAGAAUUGAGAGAUUAGAAGCAGUUAUUGAUCAAUAAAGUGAAGAAAUCAAAGAAUGGAAACUAAAGUAUAAAUAAGCAUGCGAAGAAGACGAGAGAGUCAAUGCUAUAGAUUAAAUGGAAUCACAAAUAUUGAAAGUGGUUGAAGAAAAUGAAAGACUGAACAAUUUAGGAUUUGAUAAAGAUAAACAUAUCUCUAAUUUAAAUAAUGAAGUUACAUCUCUUUAGAAGAAAGUCUAUGAACACGAUUAAAAAAUUAAAGAUCAAUCCACUCUUAUAGUUGCAUAUGAAGAGGAAACUAAAGAAUUGAAAAAAAUAUAUAAGACUAAAUUAACGAUGAUUGAAAGAUUUGAAUAGCAAUUAUAAGAAAAGACAGAAAAUUCUUUUUAACCCUUCUUUCAUGAAAAUUAAUAAGGAUAAACAAACAAUAAUUAUUAAAUAAUUCUAGACUGCAUAAAACUAAUUGAAUAGCAAUUGUGUGAUUUAUCAACAUAAUAUACUUCGCAAGUCUUGGAAAAUUAAAGAUUGUUCAGAUAAAAUAAUAAUUUAAAAGAAGAAUUACUAUCUUAAUAGAAAGCGUUAGAUGAAAUAAGGACGUCUCAAAGAGGAACUGUUAAUCCUAAAUUUUAAGAAGUUAAUAAAAAUGUCAUUUUAUUAAGAGAAAAAAUUACGCAAUAAAUGAUUAAAUGA